CACGUUAAAAUACAUAGAACACAACCCUACAUCAAAAUUCCCAAAUCCUUCAACACUGCAUAUAAUAAUUUUUCCCCUUUAACUCUCAUCCUCUCCUUAAGGCUUAUUAUCUUUCUCAUUUAUUAAAUUACAUAAUUGGCAUAAUUGUUUAAGUACACAAUACCCGUUUUUAAGGCUAGUGUCUAUUCGUGUAGAGAGAGAGAGUGAGUUAGAAGCUUUUCACCUAUAUAAUUGAUCUCAUCUUCUAUUAUUCCUCAACACAAACAACUUGUUUGGUCUGAUUUCUCCGAUUGAUCAUGGCUAACUCUGCGACAGCGACCGAGCAACUUUGCUACAUCCCUUGCAACUUCUGCAACAUAGUCCUUGCGGUGAGUGUCCCAUGCAGUAGUCUAUUCGACAUCGUGACAGUGCGAUGCGGCCACUGCACGAAUCUGUGGUCUGUAAACAUGGUAGCUGCUCUUCAGUCGCUUUCACGCCCUAAUUUCCAGGCAACAAACUAUGCAAUGUCAGAGCAUGGAUCUUCCUCAAGAGGCCACACCAAAAUCCCUUCCAGAAUUUCAACUCGUACCAUAACUGAGCAAAGAGUUGUAAACCGUCUUUUAUAUUGUCUUUCAGCUCCAGAAAAGCGGCAGCGAGUACGUUCUGCUUACAAUCAAUUCAUAAAAGAGGAAAUUCAGAGGAUCAAGGCGAAUAAUCCAAACAUAAGCCACAGAGAAGCAUUCAGCACCGCCGCCAAGAAUUGGGCACACUUUCCUCAUAUUCACUUCGGUCUAAUGCUGGAGAGCAACAAGCAAGCUAAGAUAGCUUAAUAAUUCUCAGGGUGUAUGAUGAAAAUAAGUGCUGGAGCGUUGAAGUACCAUGGAACAAGUGCUCAUGAGACAACUGUAUGUCUCGUAUACAUAUCAUUCACUAGACAUAUAUUGUAUGAUCUUCGAAUCGUAUGAUCACAUCUCUAUAUAUAAGUGAAGAUUUCUAUCUUUAAAACCAUAUCUAGAUAUGUAUUCUUACUAAGUUUCUUAUGAUUUACUUUUAUGGCAUUAAUUGAUGGUUCCUGUCA